AGGUAUAUUAUCCGAUAUACUAUUACAGUUCCAGAUCGACAACUCACACCAAAUUCAACCCAAAAAACACACAGUAUCUCACCCCCCCCACAAUAACUGCUAUUCGUCAUUCACAAUGCCAUUGCUGAAAGGCAUAUUGCAUGGUCGCAAAAUCACCACUGACUCAGGUCAGCAGCAGGACGGUGGCGGCGGGGGUCUUCGCCGCUCCAACGCAGUCAAGCACCACGGCCAGCAGCAGCAACAGCAAGCGUCCGCGGGAGGCUUCGACUUUCCCAGGCGGGAAGCAGUCCGUACCAACACAUCUCCGGGCCUUGGGUCUGGCGGCCAGGCCCCGAUGGUGGCUCAUGCGCGGGCACGAGCAACUUCCUCUGCGGCCGCGCAGUCGGGUUCCGAGUGGAGCUAUGUUCCGGCCAAUGUCCAGAUUCGACAGCACCACGGCCAUGGCCACAGCCCGGGGCAGCGAGAGCAGCUGGAGCGGCGACAAGAGCUAGAAGAUGUACAUUCCCAGCGGACGCAGCGGUGGGUGGCCGACCAGCAGAAGCGAAUGAUGCUGACGCCGCCGGUGACGCGAAAGCCACUGCCUCCUCAGCCACCGCAGUCUCAGUCUCUACCACGACCAGGAGGAAGACCACAAAUACAGCAGAAGCCGCCGCAGCAACAGCCGCAGCCCACUAUUCCCAGCAGCGGAAGCCGACGGCCGUUCUUCAAGAACGAUGCCGAGUUGGAUGACUGUGUGCGCAGCACCUCUCCUCCCUAUGAGGAUGGGAUCCUGAACCACGGGGACUGGAAAACCGCAUCAUUGGGUUUUCUCUGCUGUAUGGAGAAAGACUCCGAAGGGGAGACAUUCCAAAACCGCUGAUUACUUCUAAGUAAAGAUGUAUAGAGUCAUUGAAUAUAAAAGGUGUUGUAUUAUCAGCAGCACAAAGUAAGUCCGAAUAAAGAUG